CUUCUUCCCAUAUAGCUGUUGACGUUGAAGUGCCCGCCGACCAUCUUCGUCUCCGUGGUUACAACAACUUUUGGGAAAUCGAUCUUCACAACAAUCUUCACGGCUAGGUCAAGCAAGCCACUGUGAUGGGUAUAUUUAGAUCCUCCUUCUCCUUCUUAACAGGGACAGUCUUUGGGGUAUACUUGGCUCAGAACUACCAAGUUCCCAACAUCAAGAAGCUUACUGAGACUGCCAAGUUUAUGGCCGAAGAGAUUGAGGAAAAAUAUCGCAAGCCCAGGAAGCAGGAUGGAGAUGACAACAACUCUGUUUAGGGCCUGUAGGAGACAAUAUUGAAACUAGAUUAUUGUUUUUGAAUAACUGAAUACAUUUUUUUUUCCAAUUUAGAUUUGUCAGUUUGACAUGAGUUCCCCAAUCUUACCAUAAGUUCUAUGUAAUAUAUUGAUAAUUUUUUGCCCUGGGUUAUUUAGGAUUAAAUAUUAAAAGGGUAUUGGGAAAUAGGAAUGGUGAAUAAUAUAUAUAUAUAUAUGUAUAAUUGUUUC